UUUUUUUUUUUUUUUAUCAGGAUUCCAGAGAACUCUUAUGAGCAAUAGCAUGGAACCUAGAAAUGAAUUCCACCAUGGAUCACACUCAGUAACACAUGACCGUAUGGAUGGCAGUAAUACUAACAGAAGACCACCUGACCUCAAUAAAUCAGAAGUUAAACCUGUACUUAAUUACUCCAUUCAGACGGGUGAGGAAUUUGCACUUGAAUUUAUGAGAGAUAGGGUGAAUCUUGGGAAACCUGUAUUUUCAAAUGUUGGUGAUUCCAAUUAUACAACGGGAUAUAUGGAGCUGCAAGGCAUGUUAGGCAUUGGUCAUGCUGGAUCUGGAAGUGGAUCAGACAUCUCUAUGCUCUCAGUGGUUGACAAAUAUCCAAAAGAGUUUGAUAAAAUAAACACAUCAAUAUAUGGGGACAGAAGUAAUUAUGGGUCCAUUCGAUCAAUACCAACUACUUCAUUGAAUCAAGACAAUAGACAAUUUGUGCAUAGAUAUGGCUCUUCUCGAGGUUAUGAUAGCUCAUUGUUGAUGAUGAAGUUUCUUUGCAGCUUUGGUGGUAGAAUAUUACCACGACCUAGUGAUGGAAAGCUAAGGUAUGUUGGAGGUGAUACACGUAUUCUUCGCAUAAGAAAGGACAUUACUUGGCAGGAGCUUAUGCAUAAAGCAUUGUUAAUCUAUAGUCAGGUUCAAGUAAUCAAGUAUCAGCUUCCUGGGGAAGAUCUUGAUGCUCUGGUAUCGGUAUCAUCUGACGAGGAUUUGCAGAAUAUGAUGGAGGAAUGCACUCAUCUACAAGAUAGAGAAGGAACGCAGAAGCUUAGGAUGUUUUUGUUCUCAAUCAGUGAUUUGGAGGAUGCUCAGUUUGGUCUUGGUAGCAUGGGGGAUGAUUCUGAGGUCCAGUAUGUUGUUGCUGUUAAUGGAAUGGACUUGGGAUCAAGGAGAAACUCAACCCUGAUUGGUGUCGGCUUUUCAGCAGAUGUUGUGCAUGAAUUGGAUGGACAAACUAUUGAGAGGGAGACCAAUAGAGUUGCUGUAGAAUCUGAAGGUGUUAGCAAUGUUCCCUUGACUAACAAAUUUGACUUGCCUUUGAAUAGUCAGUCUUCGCAACCAGUGCUAUCCACAGCCCCAAAUUCCUAUGAAACCUAUCCUCUGUUUCACAGUGACCAAAUGAUGCACCAUGAGGAGGUGAGAGGUCAAUAUGGCCUUAAUCCUGCUUAUAUGCCUGUUGUUGGAGAGACUCCUAUUACAAUGCCCACUACCCAGGUGGUUAUUAAUCCACAAGGGGUUUUGAAUGACAUCUAUCCACCUAGUGGAUUACAAGUCCAAAGUCCAGAAAUACCUACAACUCUGAUGGCAAAUACUUCAAUUCAACAAGGAAGCGACCCUGGGAAAGCUUUCUCAUUAGAAACACCACUUCCAGCUCCUGUGCAACUGUUUGAUGGUUACCCAAAAAAUAAUCUUCCUGAAGCAUCAGUUGCAGUUAAUGUGCCAGACGGGUAUUCAUUGCCUCCAACUAAAAAGGACCAGCUUCAGGAUGAUGAAGUGGCUUCGUCUACUUCUAGGAGCACCUUUGGUCCAACUUACGUUGAUUCUCACUCCAAUGCAGUUGACUUGAGUUGUCUUCACCCUCCUCCUCUUCCCAAAAGAGUUUACUAUUCAGAAAGAAUUCCAAGGGAGCAAAUAGAGUUGCUGAAUCGGUCUUCAAAGUCAGAUGAUGCACAUGGUUCUCAGUUUAAUGUGUCAGAAUUACUUUCUGAAGUUAACCCGACAGAAUUACUGACAGAAUCUGGUGAAAACUUGCAUGAUGGAAAUCUGUCUAAUCUAACUGAGUAUUCGAAGGUCGUAGCAAAGCCCUUGCAAUCAGACGGCAUUACAAUUGAUAAUGGGGCUGUUAAACAUCAAAAGCAAUUGCCUGAUGCAAGCGGUCAGCUGAAGUCAAAGUUGAGUGAGCAUGUAAAGCCCGAGUUGAAGCAGGUGUUGGCAAAUAGUGAAGGAAUCAUAGAUGCAGUAAAUAAGGAUAACGUUCCUCAGUUGGAAAGUGAAAUUAAUAGUAAGGAUAACCAUAACAAAGCCCUGCUUGGUGAGAAGAAGGGUAGUAAGUCAGACUUAACUACUUUGCAACAGGUUCCUUCUGUUAAGCAGCUUGAGGAUCCAGCAUCAAAUCUUCCAGAUAUCGAUUGGGGUGGUGUUUCUGUGAAGGACUCUAAGGAUGAUUCUGUUGUGCAAGGAUUGCCUGUUUCUGUAAAUGGGAAUGCUACGACCAAUGGUGAUUCACAGCAUUAUCCUUCAAAUGUUUCCAAAGAAGGACAAGGUGACAUUCUUAUUGAUAUUGAUGAUCGAUUUCCCCGUGAAUUGCUUACAGAUAUGUAUUCUAAAGCUUUACUGGAAGAAAGUUCCUCUGGUCGGCAUCCUUUAACCUCAGAUGGAGUGGGUCUAAGCAUAAAUAUGGAAAAUCAUGAACCUAAACAUUGGUCAUAUUUUCAUAAACUGGCACAAGAAGGGUUAGAUAAUGUGUCCCUUAUUGACCAGGAUCAUGAUUUUUCAGGUGAGAUGGGAAAGGUGGAAGAAGAUAAUAGAACUCAACAUGUUACGCCUCUAACAGCUGAAGAAAAAUAUCAGAAUGACUUAGAUGGAAGAAUUGGAACAGAAACGGCUGUUCCUGAGUCAAACUAUGAUCAUUCCCAAUUGAAUGACGCUGAAAGUAUGCAGUUUGAUGCUAUGAUGGAAAAUGCAAGGGCACAAGAGUCAGAAUUUGAGUUUAGGGGAUAUUGAUAUGAGUGGCGUGCAGGUAAUAAUGAAUGAAGAUCUUGAAGAGCUUAAGGAACUGGGUUCUGGUACCUUCGGGACUGUGUAUCAUGGAAAAUGGCGAGGAACUGAUGUCGCAAUUAAAAGAAUAAAGAAAAGCUGUUUCACUGGUCGUUCAUCUGAGCAAGAGAGACUGACUGUAGAAUUCUGGCGGGAAGCUGACAUUCUUUCCAAGCUUCAUCAUCCAAAUGUGGUAGCAUUUUAUGGUGUAGUCCAGGAUGGACCAGGUGGAACGAUGGCCACUGUUACAGAGUUCAUGGUGGAUGGUUCCCUUAGGCAUGUAUUACUUCGUAAGGAUAGGUAUCUUGAUCGUCGCAAGAGACUGAUUAUUGCAAUGGAUGCAGCUUUUGGAAUGGAAUAUUUGCACUCAAAGAAUAUUGUGCAUUUUGACUUAAAAUGUGAUAAUUUGCUUGUUAACUUAAAAGAUCCUUUAAGGCCAAUAUGCAAGGUUGGUGAUUUUGGCUUGUCAAAAAUCAAACGGAACACAUUGGUGUCUGGUGGUGUACGGGGGACUCUACCCUGGAUGGCACCGGAGCUCCUGAACGGUAGCAGCAACAAGGUCUCAGAAAAGGUUGACGUGUUUUCAUUUGGCAUUGUAUUAUGGGAGAUUCUAACGGGCGAGGAGCCAUAUGCAAAUAUGCACUAUGGUGCAAUUAUAGGUGGAAUUGUGAAUAACACAUUGAGGCCAACAAUUCCAAGUUAUUGUGAUAAUGAAUGGAGAACACUGAUGGAGCAAUGUUGGGCGCCUAACCCUGCAGCUCGGCCUUCCUUCACUGAAAUUGCGAGUCGGCUGCGUGUAAUGUCGGCAGCAGCUAGCCAAACCAAAACACAGGGCCACAAGGCUUCUAAGUGAUUCAUGUUGAUACUGAUGCUGACUUUGAUCCCCCACUCUUACACCAAAAUAUUGUCUUUGAUAAUGUUAAAUUUUAUUCAUUGUAUUAUAUUGUACUGUACUCCAAGGAAGCAUAUUACACUAGGGGCAAUCCUCUAUAUUUUAAGGGAGGAAGGAUUACAGUGUAAGAGUAUUAAAAAACAGCUACAAACUUCGACCAAGGUUCUUGGCAGAUGCUAGCAUAAUUUAACAUGUACAAUGAAUUUUUCAUUUACAUCUA